CGCCACCUCACAAUCGCGCCGCCCCCCGCGGUGCGUCCCGGCACGCGCGGGCGCGAGGCCACCGCACCCCCGUCGCCCCUCCCCGCCCCUCAUUAAUAUGCAGACGCAGCCGGGGGCGCGCUCGCGCUCCCGGGAGGGCGGGAGCGAGCGGCGCGUCUCCUCGGGCCUCUCCGCUCCCGGGGAAAUGGAAAGGCCCGUUGGGGCGGGGGUCGGCUGGCUGACAGAGGUCGGAGCUCGGGGUGGGCGCGCGCACGAGGGCAAGCACGCGCCUGGGAGGGAGGGACGGUUCCUGGGCAACGGCCCCUCCCUGGCGCGGGAUCGGCGCAGAACCUGCCCGGGUCGCACGCGUCUCCGCCCCUCGCGGUGCCUCCUCCUUCCUGUCACCUCGGUUCCGCCCUAAGUGAGGAGAAACACUGCCGCACCACUCGGGCUUCCCAGGGCGGGGCUGCCCCGUGGGGGAAACUGAGGCCCGGGACCUCGACCAGCGCCUGCGCCGUGCGAGCCCGCGUAGAAAUAGGUGCCCGAGGACCCCAGCGCAAUGCGAGAGCCCGGCGCAGCCCGGGGGGUCCUGUGGUGAACUCGCAUCUGGGCUCUGCAGGCUUGAAGUCCGCUGAGCGCCUGGCGCCUCGCCCCGCACCUCUAGACCCCGAAUGCCGGGUCUAGGACCCCCUCGUCGCCCUAGGAAGCUCCCUCUAAGCUUGUUUCUGU